AUGGCUUCAAAGCUUCUGUUAACCCGACUCCGAACAAUAACCCGACCAUCAAACCCGUUCAAGAACCUGAAUUUUGAAGUACAAACUCUCACUCAGAUAAGGCAAUAUUCAGAUCCAAUCGACCCAGCUGCCGCUCCUUCACCUGCCGUUGCCAAUUUUAAAAGAGCUUCAAAAAGUUCCCUGAAUGAAACUGAGCUCAAAAAAUUCUCGGCCAUUGCUGAGACCUGGUGGGAUGCAGAAGGCCCUUUUAAGCCAUUGCAUGUGAUGAACCCUACCAGACUUGCUUUCAUUAGGUCCACUCUUUGCCGGCAUUUCGGAAAGAAUCAAAACUGGGCACAGCCAUUUGAAGGAUUAACGUUUGUGGAUGUUGGUUGUGGAGGGGGAAUUAUAUCUGAGCCUUUGGCUCGUAUGGGGGCUAGUGUAAUCGGAAUCGAUGCUGUGGAGAAGAAUAUCAAGAUCGCACAACUUCACGCUGAUUUGGAUCCUAUAACUUCAUUUAUAGAAUAUCGUUGCACAACAGCUGAAAAGCUGGUGGAAGAACAGAGACAAUUUGAUGCUGUAAUUGCAUUAGAGGUAAUUGAGCACGUGGCAAAUCCUUCCGAGUUCUGCAAAUCUUUGUCGGAAUUGACCAGUUCCAGGGGAGCGACUAUCAUCUCAACAAUUAAUCGAUCAGUGAGAGCAUAUGCUUCUGCCAUUUUAAUGGCAGAGCACGUCUUACAAUGGCUCCCGAGAGGCACACAUGAGUGGUCGAGCUUUCUUACUCCUGAAGAAUUAGUCGUAAUUCUUCAGCGUGCUUCGAUCUCUGUCGAUGAGAUGGCCGGGUUUGUGUAUAACCCACUCACAGGGCAAUGGUCUAUCUCCGAUGAUAUCAGUGUAAAUUUUAUUGCAUUUGGCACGAAGAUGGCUAAUGAAUAA